CCAAGCACAAGACUGUGACUGAGGCUCAAGAGAUGGAGAGCCUCGCUGUGCUGGAGGCGAAGGUGUCCAGAGAAAUGUCCAGCAGGAAGGUGACAAAUCAGUGACAUGGCUGAAAUAGAGAUCCUCAUAAGGAAACUAUUGUGAGACGAGUGGUGAGUGACACGUCCAGGAUGGGGAAGAAGAAUGGCAGUGGCAGUCUGGGGAGGAGUCUGAUGAAGGCCAAGCAUGCAAAGAACAAAGUGGGAACAUCAUUGCUUCACACGUCCGAGAUUAAUGAUGGGCAGGAGUGGAACCGCCUCAACCUGCAGUCCAUCACGGAGCAAACACACGUGGAUGAGUUCCUGGCCACUGCUGAGUUGGCGGGGACAGAAUUCCAGGCAGAGAAGCUGAAUAUCAAGUUUGUGCGGCCAGUCACACAGAUUGGAAUGUUAACAGAGGAGGAGAAAAGAAAGAUUCGUGCCGCACAGGAGGCCAACAAGGAGAUGCUGAGUAUUCCUCGCAGGCCACCAUGGAACAUGACGACCACCCCAGAGCAGCUGGCCGAGGCUGAGCGCAGCAGUUUCCUCUCAUGGCGCAGGAAUCUGGCCAAGCUUCAGGAGGUGGAAGGCAUAACUCUCACUCCCUUUGAGAGGAAUUUAGAGUUUUGGAGGCAGUUAUGGAGAGUUAUAGAGAGGAGUGACGUGGUGGUGCAGAUCAUGGACGCCCGGAACCCACUACUGUUCCGUUGUGAGGACCUGGAGGCAUAUGUGAAGGAAGUGGAUCCCAAGAAGGAGAAUCUGCUACUGGUGAACAAGUCUGACUUUUUGACGGAGGCUCAGAGAGAGAUGUGGGCCAAAUAUUUCAGGGAGGAAGGCAUCAAGGCAGUAUUCUUCUCUGCUCUGAGUGGCGAGGAGCUUGACACUAUUCGGGAGGAGGAGGAGAAGGCAAGAAAUGCCACAGAGGAACAAGAGAACAGGAGGCGACUGGAUAGUGAGACAAACGAGAGCGAGGAAACACAAACUGCAAAUAUCGAGGAGUGUCGGCAAGAUCUGGAAGCACUGACUGUCAAUCUGAAGAAGCAGGGUAUGAGUGUGCCACCUUGCCAGUCUGAAGGAGUGGAGAGCAGUGCAGCAGAACACACAAGCUCCCCCUCAGCUUCCUCAGAGAGUCAACCCAGUAGCUUUGUCACCUCUAGUAAGCUCCUGAGUCGCAGUGAGCUGAUCGAGGUGUUCCGCACGGUAUACACGAGGCAGCGGCUGCUGGGGAAGACCGUCACUGUUGGGUUGGUGGGCUACCCUAAUGUUGGCAAGAGUUCCACCAUCAAUUGUCUCAUGCAGGACAAAAAAGUGUCUGUCUCUGCUACUCCAGGCAAAACAAAACAUUUCCAGACGUUAUACCUGGCAGACGACAUCCUUCUAUGUGACUGUCCUGGCCUUGUGUUCCCAGCCUUUGUCACCACCAAGCAGGAAAUGAUCAUCUCUGGCAUCCUCCCCAUUGACCAGAUGCGAGAUGAAGUUGCUCCAAUCAACCUGGUGACCAGCAGGAUUCCCCGGGAUGUCCUGGAGCACACCUACGGCAUCACGCUGCCCAAACCCCUGGAGGGGGAGGACCCAGACCGACCCCCAACAUCAGAGGAGCUACUCAAUUCCUAUGGAUUCAUGCGAGGAUUCAUGACACAGCGAGGCAUGCCGGACAACCCACGCUCUGCUCGAUACAUCCUCAAAGAUUUUGUCAAUGGCAAGCUGCUGUAUGCCCAUGCACCACCCUCAGUCUUGCAGGCAGAGUACCACACACACACCCUCUCCCAGAUGAAAAAACGUGGAGGGCAGGCAAAACUCACUCCACAGCAGGUAGCCACCCAGCCAUAUAAGGUGAAGCCUGAGGCAAUAGAUGUCAAGUUCUUUGGAGCAGCAACACCCCAGUACCACAUCAAGGGUAUUAACACUGGAGGAAUGAUACAAACCAAAAAUGGUCCAGUUGCUGCUCGACAACCCAGACAGAAAAACUUCAAGAAGAGGGAGAAGCUGAGGCGAAGAUUUGCACACCUUGAUGAAUGAGGACUGACAGAGGACAAUAUUGUAAUAACAGAUAAUAAUAGACUAAGAAACUAUUGUGAAGGCUUUAUUAUAUACAAACAAGAUAGCAUCAA